CGCCGAUUUCCCCAGAAUUUGGCGCCAUUGUUGUGUACUUGUCACUUUUUCGUCAUCUACGUUUCAACCGGAUUUUUCCGACUUUCCAAAUUCCAUGUGCUUUUAACCGUCUCGAGCGCUAUGGCUGAGAAUUUAGACACCAGUGGGACCAGCGAGCAGACCCCGGAGGACUCCGAGGUGACCACGCUCACUCUCAACGACGUUUUGGAGCUCGAAGAUGAGAUGAUCCAGGACGCAGCUGCCGUUCUGGGGGCGUCCAACGACAAGGCUUGCUCCUACAGCGACGGUUAUCUGAAGCGUCAGGCGCUGUAUUCUUGCUUGACCUGCAUCCCCGAGUCCAAGGAGGACCCCGAAAAGGGGGCCGGGAUUUGUCUGGCGUGCAGCUACCAUUGUCACGACGGCCACGAGCUCGUCGAGUUGUACACAAAGCGAAAUUUUCGGUGCGAUUGCGGGAAUAGUAAAUUUAAGGGGGUUAAAUGCAACUUGUGCAACAACAAGGAGGAGUUGAAUGAGGCGAAUAAGUAUAAUCAGAAUUUCAGCGGGAUUUAUUGCGUGUGCCACAGGCCUUAUCCUGAUCCGGAGGACCCGCUGCCGGAUGAGAUGAUCCAGUGCAUCAUUUGCGAGGACUGGUACCAUUCCAGACACUUGGGGGUGGAAAUUCCAAGUGGUCCUUUUGCUGAGAUGAUUUGUGGGAGUUGCGUGAGCAAGCACGAGUUUUUGUUGCACUAUGAUGGGUCUAAACCCAAGGUUAUGGGGGAAGGGGAAUGUAAAAAACCAGUGAAUAAGUCGGAGACUGUUGGGGCUAAAUUCUGGCAGGAUUUGGCCUGGAGGGGCGAGCUAUGCACAUGCGAUGAGUGUUUAGAGAUGUAUAAAACCCAGAAUGUGAUGUUUUUGAUUGAUGCAGAGGAUCCAGUACACUUGUAUGAGGAGAAAGGAAAAGCCAAAGCUAAGGAGGUUGUGGAGACCCAUAAUAGGAAUUUUAUGAAUUCUUUGGAUAGGGUGCAGCUGGUGGAAGCCAUCGCCGGGUAUAACGAUCUCAAGGAGAAUCUCGCCGAGUAUUUGAAAAAAUUCGUUGAAAACAAGAAAGUGGUCAAGGAGGAGGAUAUUAGGGAGUUUUUCGACGGGAUGAUGGCCAGGAAGAAGCAAAAAGUCAGCGUGCCCCCUUUUUGUCAUUAAAUGUCUGUCAGUAUUUAUGGUUGUAAUCCUAGUGGGAGUAACUAUUUUUUUAAUUCAUUUUAUUUUAUUUUUUUGAAUAGGGUCUAAAUAUGGAUAAAUUUAUUAAAAAUGUAAUCAGCA